UAUCAGCUGAGCGCUGCUAGGUGACUGGCCUUGAGUAAGGAAAGUUGUGUUGUAAAGUAACAAAGAGUCAUGUAAUAUUUUGUGGAAGUUCAAAAUGAAAUAUCCUAAAUUCAAUGCGUUUUAAAACAUCAGGAAAAAAUUCAACUGAAAUUUAGUGAAUAUCAUAGUGGAAUCUUGAAACUGCCAGUAAAUUUAAAAAAGCAGCGUGUUAAGAGAAGACCAGGAUGUCGCAUUACAGUGAUGCUGAAGAUUCCACUGACGUCCAAGAUAUUGAAACUGUAUUGAGAAAAAGAAAAAUAUGGGAUCCUGAAACUGAAUCUAUAACUUCGGAAAUAAAAGAAUUGCUGGAGGAAGAUGUGAACUCCUUGUUGGUGGAAGAGGAUUGCGUGGGAUGUCCUCUACCGUCAACUCCUGAAGAUGAAAAUAUUUUGGAUUCUGAAAUGAGUGAUGUUUUGAAAGCUGCAGUGCUAGGUGAUGAUUUGGACAUUUCGGCGCUUGCGCAUAACGCCGCCUCACAGGCCGAGCAUGUGGUCCGAAAGAUGAUACAGGCUGGUUGGUCGGUAUGCCAUUUCCGAAAUCUUCCAGCCUGGUUGCAGGACAACGAUUACUUGGUGUUUGGACACAGACCGCCGCUGCCUAGCUUCAGAGCUUGUUUCAAGAGUAUUUUCAGAUUGCACACAGAAACAGCUAAUAUUUGGACACACUUGCUGGGAUGCGUGGCUUUUAUAGGCGUUUUUGGAUGUUUGAGGAUAAAUGGUCAAUACAAGAAACUGAUAUCACGGAGAGUGAUAAAUGUUGACUCAGUUACGUUUUUACAGGUAGUGUGUGCUUUGGGAAUAACUAGCAUCAUGGUGAGUUUAUGGGACAAAUUCUCUGAAUCUGGAUGGCGCCCUUUCCGUGCAGGAGUCUUCAUGACCUUCGGCCUUAGUGGUAUUGUUCCGGCCAUUCACUACGGAAUUGUUGAAGGCUGGUUCAACUAUGUCAGCCAAAAGUAUCUUGGCUGGUUAGUACUGAUGGGGGUCCUGUACAUUGUUGGCGCAUUAUUCUAUGCGUUAAGAGUACCUGAGCGGUGGUUUCCUGGCAAGUGUGAUAUUUGGUUCCACUCUCAUCAGAUAUUCCAUGUUUUUGUCCUUGGUGGGGCUCUAGUUCACUACCAUGGCAUUUCAGAAAUGGCGAUGCAUCGAGUGACAAUAGGUCAGUGUGAAAUGUCAGACUCCCCCAUCUACUGAUGGUCAAAGAAUUCCAGAACAUGUCUUAAUCCAUUUUCGGAGGACUGGACAUUUUGAAAUUACUUCCAAAUUUCACGUUUGAUGAAAAUUUGUAUAUUUUGAUAGUGUUGUUGUUUAUUUGAGAAAUAUUUUUCAACUCAUCAUCCAGAAAACUGAAUAUUUAUUAUUUAUCUACUUAUGAAAACUGGUCGUUUGCAGAAUAAAAAUGUGAUCACUAUUUUUUGCCUUCUCAAAUUUUAACGUUUUUCACUUAAGUAAUUUUUGAAAUACAGGUUCAAAAAGUGAGAAACUUUUUAUUAACUAUUUACAGCUUUAUUUCUAAUUUUUACAAUAAACAAAAAUAUUUCUCAUCUUGAUUCUUACUAUUUUGAUGGGAAAAUUAUGUAGUUUUUCAAAGUGUUCAGAUCUUUACAAAUAUAUUUUGAAACGUGCUUUCAGGUUUUAGCUACUCAGAGAUCGAAAGGUUUCAUAUAAGUGAAUAAAAUGUCCAAAAAUUUUUCAUAAUCGUCGGCUAUGAAGAGGAACAUUAACUCAUUUUGCCAAGCUCAUACUCUUAUAAGAAAGAAUCUUAAGAAUCUAUUGAAAUGAGUGUGACAUACUUUUUAUAAUAUUUCUCAUUCUACAGUUAAUAUCAAUCAAUAAAAAGUUUUCAUAAUCAGAUCAACAAAGAUUUUGUAAAUGACCUUACAUAUUUUAGUGGUGUACUUUAUCAAAAAGUAAUUCUUGUAAGAUACCAAUAAUUUUUUAAUACAAUUUCGGCUAUUAUGCUUAUAUUUUUGGACAUUGUAAAUUUCUGUAUUAGAAUUGAUUGUUCGUUGUUGUACUAACACUUGGUGUCGAUAUGUAUUCAAAAAAAAUUGUGGAAUUGACACAAUCCUCAAUAUUCUGAAAGUGUAGUACAAUUUUCGCUUUUUACUUCUUUAUAAACUUCAUUUUGGUUCCUUCUUUACAAACUUCUACCUCUUUUAGUUUAAUCUUUUGCUUUGAAACCAAACAAACAUGGAAUCCUGGCAUCUGAAGUAGAUUCAUCUACAAAGUUUCAAAAUGACAUAAUGGAUCCUGAAAAGUUUUUGUACUUUCAACUUAAAUUCUGACAGUUUUUAUUGAUAUAUCCACGAAUUUUCAAAAUAAUAGCCUAGAUUUUGUGUGUUGUUUGGAGAAAUAUGAGUAUUUUUUUUAAAUAUAUGCUUAAUAUGCUAUCCGAAUAUUAGGAACACUAUCAUAAUCAUAGAAUUCUAAAAAAAAUAUUUUACUAACAAGAGAAUUUGUAAAGGGUACAAUUAAAAGUAAGUUAUUCUCCGAAAUAUUAAUUUGUUUCACCAUUUUGAGAUUAUUAUUUUGAAAAUUUGUUUGGUUUUGACUCUGCUCAAAUACAUAGGACAUGGAACUUACUAAAAAAAAUAUAAUAAUCAAUAAACACUGAUGAAUCAUCUACAUUUUAUCAGUAAUGUUGUAAGUAAGAAAGGAUUCAUAUAUAUUUUCGGAAAUGAGUAACAUGGAGUAUUUAUUGAUCUCUGUGUAUUUUCUUUCCUAAAAAAUUCUUGUGCUUCAUAUAAAUUCAAGAAGUUGAAACCAGAAAAGAUUUUCAAAAUGAGUUGUUCUCUUUCAUCAAUAAUUUCGGAAAAAUACAGGGCAUACAGAAAGUCCAAGUUUGUCAUUGAUUCAAAUCUUUAAAAUAAGGUGAAGUGAAAAUGAACUGGGUUCAAAAAUAAUAUUUGAGAAUUAGAUUUUGAUUUACCCUCAACAUUUCCAAUGAGAAAAUGUAUUAUCUAUAGUCUUUCUUCUAGGAAAAUCGAUUUAAUUUUAUUCCAAAUGUUUUUUUUUGCUGGUAAAUAGGUAUGUGCUAAAUCCAUAUUGAUUCUGGGAUGUGAGAAAAUGUUUAACUAAUAAUGUUUUGUUUGGAGAAUUUGGACCUUUUGUUUUGAACCCUGUAUAAUAUUUCUGGCGGUUUGGUUCAUAACCUUAUCCGAAAGAAGUAAUUGAAUAUUCAACAUAUUUUAGAAUAAAAUUAGAAUAUAUUGAUUUCAGUUUUCCCUUGUGAUAUUUCAGUAGGUAUAUUUUCUGUCUCGUGUACAUUUUCUUCUAAGGGCUUCAGUGUAGAUAUAUAUCUGUUUUAAAUUAUGAAAUGUAUUGUUGAAAAUAAAGAAAGAAAUUGAA